AUGUUGCUUCGCGACAAGAUGCUUGAGCGGUUCGAUGUCUUGGAGGUGGUUUCAUUAUUGAGCAUUUUUGCAGUAGCGCCCAAGUUUCGAAAGCAGCAGGAUGACAAGUCGAGGAGAGAAUGUAAACACAUUGACGAGGAACUCCUUACGAAGGGGGAUGCAAGAUCUGACGACCCGCAAGUCACACACUUCCGAGAACAGGUGAACGCCUUAUGCAUAGAGGUCUUCGGAUACGCGCGACUCGUUUCCGAUGCUUAUGUGGCGGGCGGGCUUGCCACCAUGACGUCUGACAAGGACCGAGACUACGUCAACAACUGGCGUGGUGGUUUCUUGACUUUCGAGCAGUUCCAACGAGUCUUGACUGAUGGGAAGGCUAUGGUGCUGGCUACACGGGCUUGGCUAAUGGGCCGGUCUUUUGCCGAAGCCUUGUCUAUUGCCGGAGUAGAUGCGGGCACCUUUUCCAAAGCUAUCCGCAAAACUGGCAAGGUGCUGAGGGAGAUGAUGACAGCAGCCAGAAAACUAGGCCGGGACGCCUUUCAUGACAGCCUCUAUCGCGAGCGCUCAUGCUUGACACGUGGUCUUCCCUACUUGCCCUCGUUGCUUCUCAAGGGUUUGGACGAAAGCAAUGAAUGCCUAUGUGGCCUAUCUUGGCCAGAUUGUCCGCAUACCGUUGGCGCCACAGUGGAGAUACCCCCAUCGCAAAUCGGCUUCUCACAAGGCAGUUGCUCGACCCACUUUCAAGAUGGCAGAAGUGUGUUGGGAACACUUACGGAGAUCCUGGCAGGCAAUGUUUUGCCUUCUGACAUUGAAGAGCUCCCCAUCUAUUGGCACCAGGGUAUGUACUACACCCUCGGGAAUCGCCGCCUUUGCGUGUAUCGAUUGCUUGAGCACCAGCAACCAGGCACCAAAAUCCCAGCCAGGGUGGCAUCCCAAACGGAAGUCGAAGCAUGGGAUUGGAGAGGUAAGUUUACGUCUGGACGGUGGGAAGGAUCCAUGAUCUUGCUGCGACAAACAGGUGAGAUCAUCGGCAAGAGUCGGCAGCACACCACGUUUCGCAUGCCGGAUACCCGAGAUGUUGCCCGAGUGGCGGUAACUGGUGUGGAACAGGUUCCGGCUGGUCCCAUGGCUGAAGUGCCGCCGGGAUCAAUUGGCUACUGGCAUCGCCUGCACUUCGAAUGA